AUGGCCAGCGCGGUGGUGGAAAUCCUGGCUUUCCCGGUCGUCUCGGGCUGGGUGCUGGUGUCCUCCACGCUGCCCACCGACUACUGGAAGGUGUCAUCCAUCGACGGCAGCGUCAUCACCACGGCUACUUUCUGGUCCAACCUUUGGAAGACCUGCGUGACCGACUCGACCGGGGUGUCCAACUGCAAGGACUUCCCCUCCAUGCUGGCGCUUGACGGUUACAUCCAAGCGUGCAGAGGACUCAUGAUUGCUGCUGUCUGCCUUGGUUUUUUGGCCUGUAUUGCCUUGAUUGGGAUGAAGUGUACAAAGGUUGGAGGCACAGACCAAACUAAAGCUAAAAUUGCUUGUUUUGCUGGACUGAUCUUUAUUAUCUCAGGACUGAGUGCAUUGACUGGUUGCUCCCUCUAUGCUCACCGAAUCACAUCUGAGUUCUUUGACCCCACAUAUAUUGCACAAAAGUAUGAACUGGGAGCCGCUUUAUUCAUUGGUUGGGCUGGAGCAUCGCUUUGCAUAAUUGGUGGCAGCAUCUUCUGCUUCUCCGUUUUUGAAAGCAAACACACUCCACGGAUGGUAUAUGCGUACAACAAACCAGCGUCUAUGAUGUCUACUCGAACCAAGGCCUACUCAGCAGAUUUUAAAGCAUCCAAAAUCCCUCCAAAGCACUUUGACAAAAAUGCCUACGUGUAA